AGAUCCUGUUUCCAGUCUCACCUUUUGAUCUGAGGUUGGUUUUAAGCUCUUGCCACCAUGCCUGCUGAUUACAAUGGGACGUGGGAAAUGGAAACCAAUGAAAACUUUGAAGGCUACAUGGUUGCUUUAGAUAUUGAUUUUGCGACUCGUAAGAUUGCAAAACACUUGAAACAAACCAAGGCGAUUAUUCAAGACGGAGAUAAUUUUGAAAUAAAAACACUCAGUACAUUCAGAAACUAUGAACUGAAUUACACUGUGGGAGUGGAGUUUGAAGAACAUACCCGAGGACUGGAUAACCGAGUGGUAAAGACAUUAGUGGCCUGGGAUGGUGACAAACUGGUAUGUGUUCAGAAAGGUGAAAAGAAAAGCAGGGGCUGGAAGCACUGGAUUGAAGGAGACCUACUACAUCUGGAACUGACAUGUGAAGACCAGGUGUGUCAUCAGACAUUUAAGAAGAAAAACUAAAACUGGCCAGCAAGUCACUCAGAUUUUCAUCGCACUAUUAUGCUAUGUUUCAUUGAAAAAGAAAAACCAAGCCAGAUUUGCAAUAAUUCUUUGACACUGCUCUGUGAAUGUAUUUUGUGCAUGUCUAUGGGAAAAAAAAAAAUUAUAGAAAUAACAUCAAAGAGUUACAAACAUGAUAAA